CCAAAGCUGGAUGAUAAUUUGAACCUGGUAUUGUGCUGGGAUCAGAGCUUGAGGAACAUCAUAUCAGUGUGGUCUGCGUGAAUCGAGAUGGAUUCUGCAUUACAGACUACAAUUAUAUUACUGAGCAUCUGCUCCCUUCAUGUUGCUGCCUAUCCCAAUGGGAAAGUAGAGGUCGCCUGCGGUACGAUGGAGCCAAACCAUGGAGCUUCACCCCAAACAUCUGCAGCUCCUUAUUCUCUGGUUGUGUCUAAUACUACCUACGGGAAUGGACAAAGCAUAACAGUCACACUCAAUAACACAUCGCAGGGAAUUCCUUUUGAAGGCUUCUUGAUACAGGCUCGUGCCGUUGGGGGUCACAAACCCCUGGGAACCUUCCAAGUCAGCGAUUCAGCUGCCCAGACUCUGACUUGCAACACUGCAAAUAGUGCAGUGAGCCACACCUCUGAUGCUAAUAAAACACAUAUUCAGGUCACAUGGCUGGGACCAAAGACCAAGGAAACCAUUGAGAUCAGAGCCACAGUUGUACAGAGUGCAAAGGUUUAUUGGGUCUCUGUCCAAAGUCCAAAACUUUCAUAUUCUGGAGGAGUCAGGCUUUUGGCCCCUGCACUCAGCCAGCUACUCCUCGGUACCUCUGUACUGCUGUUGGCGCUGCUCACUGUCUGAUGGCUACGGUCUGACACAAACUGGAAACAAUGCCAAGAUGAUUGUCACACUUUAUCAAUAGGUUGUGUGUCCUUACAGAGAAACAUUGUCAGGCAUAUAGCAGUGAUACCCAGGGAAAAGGCAGUUGUUACUGUUGAAUUGCAUAAAUGUAUAUAAAAUGCAUACCUCGCACACCCUCUAAAGGGCUGUCUAUGUAAAAGCCUGAAGUAGAAUUUACACCAGUGUUUCUUACUUUUUUCUCAGGAAACCCAAAUUAAGUUGCAGAAUCAGAUUCGUGGCCCAAAACCUGGUGUAGAACCUCUUAUUCACGUUAUUCUUAUUUAGGAGGAUAAUGGAGACCUUCCCUAAACAGCGAGGGGAUCCAUUUCAGUGAUAUCAUUACUCAUGUUUUGCUGGACUGGUUCUGUCGGCCUAUGUGCACAAUACAACACAUUAACAUGAAACUACACUUUCCAACAAUGCUGGAUCAGGUGGGGUUUCAUUUUAAUGAUGUACAUUUUUAUUGUAAUGGCAGAGUCAGUGUAAUAAAUGUGACAGUACUGUAUGUUUAUGUGUUACUAAACAGUUGCUACUGUAUGUAAAGCUAGUAAUGCUGUGUGAUAUUUCCACAAAUAACCAUUUGAUUUUACAGUGAUAUUUGAGUGCAGACAGUCACUAAAUCCUUAGAGUUUUACCAUUCAAAUGUUAUUUCCAAGGGAGCUGGGACCAGGGAAUAUUAGCAUUUGGCCUCCUUCCCUAAUUUUCCAACAGACAUUCACAUGCACCUUGAUAUAACAGAGCUGAAUGUGAUUUUUUAACAACAUAAUUGGAACUCUGAAGAGAUAAUUUUCAACAUCAAAAUCAAAUCCAAAUCAAAUUUAAGUGAAAAUCUAUUUGCUUGUAAUUUUUUGUUUCAGCAGAGAUGAAUGGGAAUUCUAUUUCAUGUGGAAAGCUCCUGACUGCUGAAUCUGCUGUGUUUCCUUAGAAUUACAGGUAUAGGACCCUGGGGUUUUCUGGAUAACUGAUCUUGCCAUAAUUUGGAUCUCUGUACCCUAAGGGGCACAUUUACUAAUCCACGAAUCCGAAUCACGAAUGGGAAAAAAUCGCAUUGGAAACAAAAAUUUUGCAAGAUCGCAAAUAUCACGAAAAUGCUUACGAAAAAAUCGUAUUAGUCACGAUAAUAUUGUAUUGGCGAUCCGAAAGUCACGAAAUUUUCGUACCGAACAAUUGUAAACAGUGGUAAAACCUUUCCGAUUUUUUGUGCAAACGUCCGAAAAAGUCGUGCGGCGUACGAAAAAGUCGUGCGGACGCCCGAAAAAAUAGUCGAAAAUACGCUCGGAGCGUUCGUGCUUUUGUAAAUGUGCCCCCAAGUCUACUAAAAAUCCUUUUAAUAUUAAUUUAAACUAAUAGGAUUAUUUAUCUUACAAUAAAGAUUAAUUAUAUCGUAGUUGGGAUCAAAUACAAGGUACUGUUUUAUUAUUACCUGGAAACAGGAAAUCAUUUUUAAAAAUGUGAAUUAUAUAAUUAAAAUAUAGGAGAUGGCCUUCCCGCAAUUUGGACAUUAUGGGUUUACAGAUAGCAGGUCCCAUACCUGUUUACUAUUAUUACAGGUCUGAGCAAAACACUAAACUACCAAGAAACAUCUGUGUAAGAUUUUAUGCCUUAUCCGGAAAACCGUUAUCCAGAAAGCUCCGAAUUACGGAAAGCCUGUCUCCCAUAGACUCCAUUUUAAUCAAAUAAUACAUUUUAAAAUAUAUUUUUUAUUUUUUAUUAAUAAUUAAUAAUAAAUUUAUUUUAUCAUUUUAUUCUUUUUCUCUGUAAUAAUAAAACAGUACCUUGUAACUGAUCCCAAUUAAGAUAUAAAUAAUCCUUAAUGAAUGCAAAACAAUCCUAUUGGGUUUAAUUAAGUUUUAUUGAUUUUUUUAGUAGACUUAAGGUAUGGAGAUCCAAAUUACAGAAAGACCCCUUAUCUGGAAUACCCUUGGUCCCGAGCAUUCUGGAUAAUUCUGGAUAAAAAACGUCUACAGGGGAAUUUAAAACCAGUGUUUUCAGGAAUAGUGGCUUUUAUUGGUAAAAGAAAAAAAUGUUAAGGUAACCUGAUUCUUAAUAUGGGUUAAACAAAUCCAGUCUUACAGCUUUUCAUGGAAAGCGCCUGGGAAAUGUAUAAUCCCUUAUUUUCACCCCACAACAGAGCUUAGUUCCAAUAACAAUGAUCUGGGAAUUAUGUUACAGCAUCAGCCUCAGGUGAGGGAAGAAGUACAGAAUGAAUUUCUGAAUACUUAUAGAAGAUCCUUAUUAUUUCCAGUAACUCUAGGCUGCAAGCUCUCAAGCGGGGCCUCAGACUUGGCUGUGUUUGUAUAUUGUAUUUAUACUGUAACAAGCUUAAUUACCCUUGUUCCCUAUUGCACAACACUGCAACUUUGUAGAACCUUUAUAAUAAAAAUAUUUUCAUGAAGUAAAA